CUCUCUCUUUCUAGUGUCCAUCAUUCGUCGAGAAAUCUCCUCAAUCAUAUAAUACUUCGGAUCUAGAAAUCUCUUCUUCUCCAAAAACACUGAGAAGAGAGAGUAAAACUCUAGAUUUGCAGCAGAAAAAGCAAGGAGAUGAUGUCUUCUACUUUUAGCGACAACGAAACUGCUCCCUUCUUCGACUUCCUUGACGUCGUUGUUGCCCUCGUCUUCUCCUAUAAUUUCUUCUUUCUUGAUCUUCCUCUCCUUUCUUUCCAUAGCCAUGAUCCCUAUCUCUAUCUGUCUCUCUUUUCUCCAGUCUUGUUCUACUUCUUCACAGGCAUGGGGGCUGCCUACAGCACGACGAAGAGCGGUGUCGGCAUCGUGUCGAUGGGCAUGAUGCGCCUGAAGCUCGUCAUGAAAUUGAUCGUGCCUGUCGUCAUGGCUGGGGUCCUUGGAAUCUACGGCCUAAUUAUCAUCGUUACUAUAAGCACUGGGAUAAACCCGAAGGGGAAAUCAUAUUAUCUUUUCGAUGGAUAUGCGCACCUCUCGUCGGGGCUUGCUGGGUUGUCGGUCGGGAUGGCAAUUGGGAUCGUUAGUGAUGCUAGAGUCUGGCCACCGAUCGAAAGGCUAUCGCAGCUCGAUUUCAGUUCUUUUUGAAAUAUGGCCCACCCAAGUGGUGGCCUGCCAAAUAAGUUGUCUGAUCAUAACUUCCAUGAGUAGAAUCAAGAUGUUUUGGUAACCAAUGCAUGGAACUUCACCAAUCUGAUGCAUUUAACAGCAUUCCUCUAGCAUGGAAGAUUGGAACGGGAGGGGAAAUAGAUCGAAAUGCAUACCAAGGAGAUGAUCCUCCAGACUUCCCAAUGGCAUGUAUUCAUACACCAAAAUCCUCUGAUCACCCUCAGCGCAAUACCCAAUUAGAUUAACAAGAUUUGGGUGG